AUGGCUCAAGUCGAUACUUUGGACAUUAUUGUCCUCGUCGUCCUCCUCCUGGGCAGCAUUGCCUAUUUCACCCGGGGCACCUAUUGGGGUGUCCCCAAAGAUCCCUAUGCCACCACCGCAAUGAACGGCAGUGCCUCCAAGAAAGGCUCCAGAAAUGUCGUGGAAAAGAUGGAUGAGCUUGAGAAGAACUGUGUCAUCUUCUAUGGUUCUCAAACUGGUACUGCAGAGGAUUAUGCUUCCCGUCUGGCAAAAGAAGGACAUGCCCGUUUCGGUCUCAACACAAUGACUGCGGAUUUGGAAGAUUAUGACUUCGAGAACCUUGAUACCUUCCCAGAUGACAAGAUCGCUUUCUUCGUAAUGGCCACCUAUGGUGAGGGAGAGCCUACUGACAACGCCGUCGAGUUCUGGGAGUUCAUCAACAGUGACCCCCCGUCUUUCUCUGGCGCUGGCUCGGAAGAGAAGCCUUUGGAAAAUCUAAAAUUCGUCGCAUUUGGUCUUGGAAACAACACUUACGAGCACUACAAUCUGAUGGUUCGCAACCUCGAUAAAAUCUUGACCAAACUGGGUGCCAAGAGAAUUGGUGACGCUGGUGAAGGUGAUGACGGUGCCGGUACCAUGGAAGAAGACUUCUUGACCUGGAAGGAGCCCAUGUGGGCUGCUCUCGCCAAAGAGAUGGGUCUUGAGGAGCGUGAGGCCAUCUACGAGCCAGUCUUUGCUGUUGAAGAACGCCCCGAUCUGUCUGCUGAAGACGACACCGUCUAUCUGGGCGAGCCCAACAAGAACCAUCUCGAAGCCAGCCAGAAGGGCCCCUACAACGCUCACAAUCCUUUCAUCGCCCCAAUUGCCGAUUCCAAAGAACUCUUCACCGUCAAGGACCGAAACUGCUUGCACAUGGAAAUCGACGUCUCCGGCUCUGGCUUGUCAUAUACCACUGGCGACCACAUUGCUGUUUGGCCCACCAACGCAGGCAUGGAAGUUGAUCGAUUCGUAAAGACCUUUGGUCUAGAAGACAAGCGACACACGGUCAUCACGUUGAAAGGUCUUGAUCCCACCGCCAAAGUCCCGUUCCCUACUCCUACCACCUACGAUGCUGCCGUUCGCUAUCACAUGGAGAUCUGCGCACCUGUCUCUCGUCAAUUCCUGUCCACCCUGGCUGCCUUUGCCCCGAACGAGACUGCAAAGAAAGAGAUGGCUCGCUUGGGUUCUGAUGCGGACUACUUCAAAGAAAAGGUGGCAACACAAAUGUUGAAUGUUUCGCAGGCCGUUGCGGCCGUCAGCUCUGAGCCCUGGUCCGCCGUUCCCUUCUCUGCCUUGGUGGAAGGCCUCACCAAGCUUCAGCCACGUUACUACUCUAUCUCGUCAUCUUCCCUGGUCCAGCCAGACAAGAUCUCCAUCACCGCCGUGGUCGAGUCUAUCCGCAUUCCUGGCGCAGGUCACAUUGUCAAGGGUGUCACGACCAACUACUUGCUGGCUUUGAAGCAAAAGCAGAACGGAGAUCCCGAGCCAUCGCCCCACGGACUUACUUACUCCAUCACCGGUCCGCGCAACAAGUACGAUGGCAUUCACGUGCCUGUCCAUGUCCGUCACUCCAACUUCAAGCUGCCUUCCAACCCUAGCAAGCCUAUCAUUAUGGUCGGUCCCGGUACCGGUGUUGCGCCCUUCCGAGGAUUCGUCCAAGAACGCGCCGAACAAGCUAAGAAGGGCGAGGAAGUCGGUACAACCGUGCUUUUCUACGGCUGCCGAAGAUCCAGUGAGGAUUGGCUCUACAAGUCGGAAUGGGAUGAAUACAAGCAGGCCCUUGGCGAUAAACUGAUUAUCUUCAAUGCAUUCUCCCGAGAAGGUCCGAAAAAGGUCUACGUGCAACAUCACAUCAAAGAAAAUGGCAAAUUGAUCAACGACUUGCUUCAGCAAAAGGCCAACUUCUACGUCUGUGGUGAUGCUGCUCACAUGGCCCGAGAAGUCAAUGAGGUCCUCGGACAGAUCAUCGCCGAAGAACGAGGAGUCGAUGCAGCCAAGGCAGAGCAAGUGGUCAAGAGCAUGCGUAGCAGUGGUGUCUACCAGGAAGACGUUUGGUCGUAG